CAGCCGCCGCUCGGCGGGCAGCAGAAGGAGCAGGAGGAGCAGCAGGAGCAGGAGGCCCGGCCCCACCACAUGGCGGGCGGCUCCGCCCCGCCCCGUGCCCCCGUGUGCCUGUGACAGCCCAGGCCGCGCCGCUAGCCGCCGCCGCCGAUCCGCGAUGCCGCUCUUCAGCGUGCCCAAGGAGGUGGCCGUGGGGACGGCCAUGCUGGGGGUCGCCUUCGCCACGGGGCUGCUGGCAGGUAAAAGAUACCCAUCCUUAGUUUUUGGGAUACCCAAAUCACCCAGGAGUAUUAUUGGAAAAAGCAGUCCUCUGUGGCAAUACAUACUGGAUCACUCUUUGCGGGAACACCCAAUUCUAAAGAAGCUGCGACUGCUCACUACAGAUCAUCCCUGGGGUAGAAUGAUGGUGUCCUGUGACCAGGCUCAGCUUAUGGCAAAUUUGGUCAAACUCAUUAAAGCCAAGAAAGUUAUAGAAAUAGGUGUUUUCACAGGAUAUAAUACCUUGAAUAUGGCACUUGUCCUGCCAGAUAAUGGAAGAGUUGUUGCCUGUGACAUAAAUGAGGACUAUGUCAAAAUUGGAAAGCCACUGUGGAAGGAGGCAGGAGUAGAGCAUAAAAUUGACCUACGGAUAAAGCCAGCUAUUCAAACACUUGAUGAACUGCUGGCUGGUGGAGAAGCAGAAACCUUUGACUUUGCUUUCAUUGAUGCGGAUAAAGAAAGCUGCAACGAGUACUAUGAAAAAUGUUUGCGCCUCGUAAAGAAAGGGGGAAUAAUAGCUAUUGAUAAUGUCCUUUGGAGUGGAAAGGUGCUAAAACCAAGAAAAGAUGACUUGGCAACACAGAGCAUCCACCACCUCAAUGAGAAGCUUCUCAGAGAUGCACGAGUCAAUAUCAGCAUGCUCCCAAUGGGGGACGGAGUAACAUUAGCAUUCAAGCUGUAACUGGAGGAAGCCUAGCACAUGGGAAACAGCAAGCAUCAAAUUACCAAGAAAAACAUAGGUGGAACACUAUCAAAAAUGAUUAUUUAACCUAUACCUCCACUGGAUUUUGUAGCAUGGGAAAGUAGACUUUAGAAGCAGCAGGACCCUAAGGGCAGCUAAAUUGAUGACAGAAACUUACUUGGAGAUCUACUGUGGCUUCUUAUUUUAAUAAAGAAGAUUAAUAAAUUUAAUUAUAAUAAAGGAAGAAAACAUAAAAGAGGUUGUCCUUUUAAAACAGUUUAAAAAAAUUCCCUGUGUAUGACUGAGUUCCAGCUGUGUUUGUACAAAGACUUUUUGCUGUCCUAAAAGAGGCUAUUGAGUCCGAGGAGGGGAAAAAGCUUGGGGGCACAGGGAAUAAAAAUAGGGAAAUAUUAAGUAAUUGGCACAAGAUCUUGGAAAGAGGGGGAGUUGUCACUUUUCACAAAUACACCAGAGGACACUGUUUAAUUGGACAACUCCACAAACAAGAAUAUAUUUUGGUGACUAGUUUUUCCUGUGACAAGACUAAGUAAAAAUUACAGUCCUUCUCUAGAAGGCUAUUUUGUAUUAUCUUGACAUUAAUGUAUUUCCUAGGGAUCAUGAAGCACCAAGUACCUUGGUCUUUAUCCCCUUGAAAUAAAUGGGUAACUGAAGCCUUUUUUUUUUUAAUGCACAAAAAAAUAACAUGUUGCUGGCAUUCUGCAGGACUUGGAAACUGAGUUUUCUGCAGUCUCAGACAGCAGGUGAUUGUAGCUGUGCUCACAAACCUUAUUCUCAGUAGCAGAACAAUCUGUCCUAUUGUCAAAAGGAAAAGAAACAGAGUUUAAUGUUAAAAGCCAUAAUAGAAGAUUUAUUUUUAAAGAAAUACAUAUGGCAUCAAGGAGAUUACUAGCCUUCUCAAGCCAGCAAUUGAAAGUUGCUGGUAAUCCUUGAAGGGUACUAAACUGAGAAGCCUCAAAUAUGCGUCAUCUGAAAAGUCCCUUUAAAAGAACGUUGAAGGACAAACAGGAUUUCCAGUACCGAUUGCUCCCUAAAUCGUGUGUGUGCAAGGACUGUUUUUUGUUGUUGUUUUUAAACCUAGGUAACCCUGCAGGUAGAUUUUUUUUGAAGUCAGAAUGAGGAAGAGCAGAUCAGCAAGAAGAGAACCAAAAGAACUUUCUCCUUCUUCCCUUCCUCAAAAGCAGCAACUUACACAGUGCUCAUUUCCUAGAAAGUUGCUUGCAAGCAUGGAGCAGUAGCUGCAAGUCCACAGAAGGAAAAUGAUGAUUGUUUAAGGAUGCAAUACAGCUGUUAACUGGCUAUUCAAGUAAUUACUACAAGCAUAGAUUACGUUCCCUAGACAGCAUGUAAAACAAUGCUUUUUCACAUCCUAAUAAAGUAUUUUUCCUAUAGUA